UUAUUCUUAUGUGAUGAACUUGUCUUUUAACCCACACCUUAACAUGUAUAGCACUAUGCGUAGUGCCAUAGGAGUAGCGCCCGCCCGUAUUCUAGUGGUCAUGUUAAAUUAACAACAUUACACGCUCUUCGUUGCGACGAUGUUGGGUGGUCAACUUUGCGGUACACGAUGGGUUGACCUGUUUAUUCACAUGCCCGUGAUACGUUAAUCUUGUUAACUAGGUAUGUCAUGUGGAUUGUUCUAAAUUUUUAUGUUACUUUUCAUAUUCCCAAAAAUGGAAGCUUAUCAUCAAGAUAGGAGUGAUUUCCUUACCUUGACGAUUAACUUCGCUCACUUUUCAACUUCACCAAUGAGCUAGGGGUGAUUUCCUUACCUCAGAGGUAGUUACCAACUCUUUUUCGUUCUCAAUGAAACUUUAUGUUUGGACGUUACUUUCAUUUCAAGUUUGGAGACACGAAUCACACUAUCUUUGCAAUCCAAAACAAAUAACAAUAUUCUCUCGUGAACAAACUAAAUUUAUGAUGAUUUCAUUUUACAUGCUACACUAUGUGAAAACUUAUGUUAUGCCAUGUGGAAUUAUUUGAAAACUAUAUGCUAUAAGAAAAAAAUGAACCUUUUAUAUGCUAUGUGAAACUAUGUGCUAUGUGACGCAUCCACGAAAACAAUUUUCUUAAACAAACGUUAUGAUCAAGUCUCAUCUAUUCCCUCUUUUGAAUCUUUAGAUGUCAACUUUUCAAAAGUCUUCCUCUUAGAUUUCGAGGACGAAAUCUCCUAAAGUAGGAGAGACUGUAACAUCCCUCAAAAAACGGAUAUCCAAAAAAAAUGCCACCCGUUUUGAAUUUCUAUCCUAAGUUAAUUCGUUUAUAUAUAUAGUUAUUUAUAUUUAUAUUUCUAGUUGAUUAAAUCAAAUAAUCUUCACAUUUCAAAUCUUUUUAUUAUAAACUAGUUAGAUUUGAGUUAUAACGUAGUUAGCACAGUUAGUUCAGUUAGUUUAACCUCAAGGGCUGAGCGGUAACAUUUCAAAAUUUGUUUCAACUAAAAGUCUUGUUCUUUUGUUUCUAUAAAAAUAAACUAGUUAAUCAAGUACCGUUGAGAUUAAAAAAGAAAAACAAAACUUCGUUAGUGUCAGUUAGUAUAAACCUGUAAUGUUAAGGGACUUUAUUGUAAUAUAUUAUUUUUUUUACUGAACUAUGAAGAUAAUCAAAAGUACCGCCCAACCAGAGCAAGCACAACUUGAAUUGUCGUUACCUUUUUUUUAAGACUAGAAGGUAUGGAGAGCCUCAUCCCCACGGGGAUGGGCCGCCACGUCACCGCCACGUAGGAAAGGCUUCAAGGGGAUGGACCUAGGGGGGUGGGGGAUGAGCCCCUUUAUAUAUAUAUAUGCAUAUAUGUAUAGGUGUGUGUGUGUAAGGAAAAAGAAGGAGAGGACCGGCAACCCCGGCUGUGGGGAGCCGGCCUUGCCGAGCCGGAGCUGUCGGGGGCGGUGUGGGGGACCGGCGCCGGUCCUAGCCGGGCCUCAGCCGGCCCCCAUACCCACUAGUCUAAUUGAUUCCGCUGAUUCCUCGGUAACCGAAACGAUUUUUACGCGUUUCCGUUUUGGUGAAAUUAAUGAACCUGGACACGUAACGAUCAUUCAUUUUCUUAUUCUUUUCCGAAAUUAUGGUACCUUCCAAUCAAGAAUCUAACUAUGAUUAGUAUAAAUACAACCUCCAAGCAUGUCGCCAGAGAUCGGAGUCACCGGAGAUACGAGAAGACGACCGGAAAGGAACUCGACGCAGCAUCGCUUUGUUCACCGUCGCAUUUUUUUCGGAGUUUCGCCGGAACCAUACAGAGCUUGUCGGGACUCCUUUCGUUACGUCUCGUUCACCGGGGAACACCGCAACCUUGCCGGAGAACCAAGCAUCACCGGAGGUCAAGUGAGAGAAGACAACCGGAGUUCACGAAGGAACCCAACUCGUUCUUUCUUUUGUUCCGUUCACUGAGCACGCCGUCGGAAACAAGCCGAAAAACUCAAGACCUCGCCGGAGAUAUAUUUUACUCUUUAUCAUUUCGGUUAAUCACUUUUGAUCGUCCUCUUGGUUUCCCAAUCUUUACUCGUGCGUUAUUACAAGAAAUCGCAACGCAAUCAAUGAUGAGGAAGUCAAGAUUUGAAGAAAUGAAUAGGAUGGCCUAGAAACCCACUUUUGAAAUAAACUAUGUUUGAUGUUUGGUAAUUUACUUAUGGCAUAUAAACUACUUAUCAUACAACUACCUAAACUAGGUGACCAUAAGGUAUAACCUCGGAAGGUUAUUCCCUAUGCUACUAUGGUCACUAAACAUGUUUGGUCGGAUCCUAAUGAUCGACCAAACGGGUCGUGUUCGAAAGUCUAAACGGGUGUUUAGUCCGCUUGACUUACGACUCUACACAAACACUAAUCUAAAAAGUGACGAGCUACACAUGCCAAAACAUGUUUAGUUAAGUUAGAAAACACGUUUGGUAUCAAAACAAACGGUUUUGAUACCUAUAAGUAGCUUGGUUACAAAAUACGCGAGAAAACGCAUUCUGGCUGAAGCUACGACUCAUCACUGAGCCUAGAUAAGGUGGUAAUCAGUAGGUGUAGUCACUAGGGACUAUAACCAUCGUGAUUACGCUCACGUUAUGAAGUUCAAACGAACUUCGCAUUGACCAUAAACUGGUCAAAGCAGAAAUUCAAAUGCGGUUUGACUUUAACGAUAAAAAA